AAAUGGCUUCAUCUUCUAACCAAAAACCCGGCUUCCAUGCUCGUUCUAACAGCUUUCCCUCUAGAUUAAACCCAGUCAUCACUCAGCUUGAUGAGCAUUUAUGCAGAUCGAGGGCUUCUGAAGGUGCCUGUACCUCAUCAUUCUUGGGUGGCAAACUAAGCAGCCUCCAGGAUUUGCAUGAUUGUGUCCACAAGUUACUUUUUCUACCGCUGAACCAACAAGCAAUAGCCCAAGAGAAUAAUGGUAAAUUGAUUGAAGAGCUAUUAGAUGGAUCUCUUCAGGUCCUGGAUUUGUGUAAUACUGCAAAAGAUGCCUUGUUGCAAACAAAAGAAAGCGUACAUGAACUUCAAUCGAUUUUGCGCAGGAGAGGUUAUGUUGAAACUAGUCUUACAAGUGAGGUUAAGAAAUAUUUAACCUCUAGGAAGGUAGUGAAAAGGGCAAUUCACAAGGCCUUGAAGGUUAUUAAAAAAAACUGCACCUUCACCGCCUUUGAUGGUGACCGUGAAACUACAAUCAUGUUUAACAUGUUGAAAGAGGUUGAAGUAGUUUCUCUCAAAGCGUUUGAUUCCCUUCUCUCCUUCAUCUCUGGACCAGAGGCAAGGACUACUGGUUGGUCAUUAGUCUCCAAGCUGGUGCACCAUAAAAAAGUAGCAGCUGCAGAUCAAGAAGCUGAUAUAAAUGAGUUCGCUAAAGCAGAUGCGGCAUUAUUAGCCUUGGUAGAUCAGAAAACAAGCAAGUCUGAUAACAUCAAGGGUGUUCAAACUCAACUCGAGAACUUAGAAUUGUGCAUUCAAGAUAUUGAAGAAGGUCUUGAAUACCUUUCCAGGAAUCUGAUCAAAACUAGAGUCUCUUUUCUAAACAUCCUAAACCAAUAACCGGAACAAUCUUGAUAUAGUCAUACUUGU